GCACUGUCGGUAUCGCAUGAGCCCAGUCCGUCGGCGCUGGGCGGACAUCUCCGACAGUGACCCGGAGGAGAACAUCGUCUGCUUUCAGUCUUUCAGUGUACGACUUGACAAGAAGCUGAACUCAGGCCGCAACUGGAGCGCGACAGUUCCAGAGCAUCUGGAGCUGCGGCUCCGGCAGGACGGCAAGACGGCGCGCGCCAACCAGUUCUGCGCCGAGCUCAACUCCAAGAACUGGAAGCCGUCCUAUCUUCUGGCUUGGCAACGGAGGCUCCAGGCUGUAUGCUGUGUAGAAAGUUUUCCGUGCGCUCUAUGGCGUGACUUUGUAUUCUUCUACAACCUGCGCCUGCAGCUGAGCGUUGAAAUGUUUAUCAGUGCCGUGCUCAAGCACGGUGCUGCAGGCGUCGGGCACAGGUCUUUAGUGGCCAGGCAGAAAUACCUUCGCCGCAAAUGCCUCUCGUACAUCUUUCCGUGCAAGAUGUGGAAAGAGCUAGUCUUCAAUGUCAAUUUGUCAGUAUCGCGCCCCCGCCGUCCGGGUCGCGAAGAGAACGGCCAAGUGAAAGUUCAGCCAGUAGGCUUGAUUGUGGCCCGACCCACGGGCUCCUCUUUUUGCUUGAAAGAAUGA